AUGUACGGGACUAGUGUGUCCAGUGGGCUGACGUGGUCUGCUUUUUUUUCUUAUAGGGUCAACCUGCGAACUCAGAAACGCCUUGCCGCGUCGGUCAUCGGCUGCGGCAAGCGCAAGAUCUGGCUGGAUCCCAACGAGGCAAGCGAGAUCUCCAAUGCCAACUCUCGGCAGACGAUUCGAAAGCUCGUCGCCGAUGGCCUCAUUAUCCGGAAGCCCGUCACGAUGCACUCGCGAAGCCGUGCCCGUGAGCUGAACCUCGCCCGAAGAGAAGGCCGACACCGUGGCUACGGUAAGAGAAAGGGUACUGCCGACGCCCGUAUGCCCACCCAGGUCCUCUGGAUGCGACGCAUGCGCGUCCUCCGCCGCCUGCUCGUCAAGUACCGCGCCUCUGGAAAGAUCGACAAGCACCUGUACCACGAGCUUUACCACCUGAGCAAGGGUAACACUUUCAAGCACAAGCGUGCUCUGGUUGAACACAUUCACCGUGCCAAGGCUGAAAAGGCCCGUGAGCAGGCUAUCAAGGAUGAGAUGGAUGCUAAGCGUGCGAAGACCAAGGCGGCCCGUGAGCGCAAGUUGGAGCGGGUGACUGCGAAGCGAAAUGCUCUGAUGGCUGAGGAGUAA